AUGUCAGGCUCUCGAACGCCAGACGCUGCAAGGUCACCAGCUGCUGCGCAUUCUACGCUGCGGCCCUCAUCUCCAAACGCGACGAGGCAGCAACUAGGCCGAAGAAAGGAUUCGAGAGCUUCCGGCGUCUCUUUCGGCACCGAGGACUCGUACAACGAUACAGAUGCAGGCUCCGAGGUUGCUGCGCCGGCUCAGACCAUUCGCGAUGUGUCGCAGGCCUUUCGAUCGGGGCGGCCGAGCCCGUAUCACAUGGCGGUGGUGACGCUCCUCGGCAGCUUGGCAAGCGGUAUGCCUCUGGCUUCCAUGUUCAAGGUGUACACCUACAUCAUGUGCGAGCUCUACGACCCUACCAUUCGAGAUGAGCCCAUUGGGCACCGUGGUUCCCGGCUGGUCGGCGCCGCCCGAACGCUCUUCCUGCCAACCGCGGCGGGCGCUGUGACUACGACCAAGCUGCCUCCCGCACCCGAGCUCCCCAAUCCGCCCCGCUGCUCGCUGCCCUGGGUGCAAAAGUCGACGUCCUCCUACUCGGCUGCCAUGGUCACCGUCGGUGCGCUGCUCGGGCUCAUGACGCUUUCGCGAGCUUCGACGCUUUCACGCCGCUUCGGACGCAAGCCACUCUUGCUGAUCUCGCACGUUGUCAUCGCUGUCGCCAUCCUCGUCUUCCGCUUCGCCGUCGUCCUUCCUCCGCUCGCAGGCGCUGCCGUGCUCUAUGGCGCCGUUGUUUUCUCCGAAGCAUCCGCUGGCGCUCCACUUCGCAUCGCCAUUCAGAACUACGUCGUCGACACAACAUCCGAGGCUCAACGAGCAGGUGCUCUCAGCUUCAUCGAAGGUUUCGGUCAGAUCGGCGCCUUUCCCUCCAGUGCAUUGGGUGGUCUGCUCGCCAGCCUCACAAACGAGUUCUUCGCGCCCUUCUAUGCCGACUGCGGUCUGAUGUUGCUCGCUGUGGCGUACAUCCUGCUCAUCGUACCUGAGAGCAAACCGGGUGCCGAGCACACGUUUGUCGACCAGUGGCUCCAUCACGACGAGGUCGAGUCCGGGUCAUCCGGGCAAGACGAAGGGGCCGAUGCGGAGACAGAGAACGGAGAAGAGGGAGAAGGGAACGGUCCUCCAGACGAAUCCAAUGUCACCUGGUCGACUGUCCAUUCGGAUCGGGACACUUCAAAGCUUCACUGGCGGUCACGGUUGCGCAAGCUCAACUUUCUGCGUCCGCUCGUGAUCUUUUGGCCAAAACGAAGGCAUUAUGUGCCGACGACCGAGCAGGACGUCAUCGAUGCGCCCGUACAGGAGCGGGCAGGUGCACGCGAAGUAGACGAAGCGGACACGGGUGCAGCUGGCACGGACGCGAGUGGCCCUGCGCAGAUGUCCACCGCCAUGCACAAGCUGGAGAGCAGGAUGGACUUUCGACUUCUCAACCUGGCAGCGGUGGUGGUGUUUGAAGAGACGUACCAAGCGUUCAUGGUUCCGCUUUUGCUGCUGUACAACAGCGAGCGCUUUGGAUUCGAUGUGCUGCAGAACGGAUAUCUCGUCAGCGUCCUGCAGAGCACGCGCGCGCUUUUCCUCACCGCCAUCUUUCCACCGGGCGUAGCGCUGGCAAGGCGGUAUGUGGCCAAGAUCGGACUCGCUAGACGUCGCAAACAGGUUCGCAAGCUCAAGCAGGCAGCUCGACAGCAGCGUCGAAAGGCCAGAGCCAAUGCAAGCAACGACCCUGGCCAGGAUGCCUCUCGCAGUAACGCAGAGCGAGCACCGCUCGUUCGGGACUCCUCGGCUACUCACUACGGCAGCGUCGCUGCUCGAGACUACGGUCGAACGGAGCGACCCAAUAGUGCCGCUGGAUCCGAGAUCGAGGCAAGGCCGGCGCGGCGGCGUCCGUCGUACAAUUCGGCUGCGUCGCUAGGCUAUUCGAAUCUCAAGGCGAAGAAGCGCAGUUCGAUGGCAUCUGGGCUCACCAACGGCAGCAGCAGCUGGGAGACGCAUUCAAUCUUCACGAGUACGCCUUCGGAGCUCAUCAAGCGCAUCCAGCGAGGCAAGCUGGAUAUCUCGAUCAUGGUCGCCUCCUACCUGCUCGCAACCGCAUCCUUCCUGGUAAUGGCAAGCUCCUCCAAGGCACCGACUACCUCGCCGCAACCGUCGUCCCCCACCCCAGCGUCGGACGGCAGCGACGGCAACAACAAAGGAUUGUGGUGGUCGAGCCCCUGGAUCCCGCUGGUUAUCUCGGUGGUGCUGUUGCAGAUCUCGUCAGGCUCCACCUCUGUGAGGACAGCGUUGGUGGUGAAUGCUGUGUCGGAAGACGACCAGACCAAGGCGUUGGCAGCUCACCAGAUCUUGGUCACGGUGGUGGCAGCAGUGGUCCCGCUGCUCACCUCCUUCGUGUUUGGCGUAGCGCUUGAGCGCGGACAUCCCGAGUUUGUCUGGCUCUUCAAAGCUCUGUUCGCUGCGCUAUCGGCCGUCGGCGCACUCGGCUUGUUCUGGAGUCAUACAGGCUUUUAUGAAAAGGCGCACGACGACGAGGACGACAAAGAUGGGCAGGGGGAAGAGCACGAAGACGACAGCAGCGAUGAGGACGAACAGGAUGGACGUGAAACGACGCGAAACAGGUCUUGA